AUGGCAGUCAUAAGAACUAGGCCAAAUUUGACUGAUGAAGAAAGAAAUAUUGUUGCACAAUGGCUUCUACAACACAGCAGCGAUGGAGAUCUUUGCUAUGGAGCUAAAAAAGAAGCUGCACAAAAAUUCCAAGUUGAUGCAAAGACCAUUUGGCGCAUCUGGAAUUCAGCAGCUGCACAGCAACUAUUGGGAAGACCAAUUCACCUAGUAUCAAUGAAGAAAGGUGUCAAACAUAAAGACAAACAGGUACUUGAUGUUGAGAAAGUCAGAAAUAUGUCAGUGUUAGAAAGAUCAUCCCUCAGAAUAAUGUCAGGUAAGUUAGGCGUUAGUAAAAGCUUGCUUCAUAGGUGGGUGAAGGAAAAGAAGAUAAGGCCACACACUAAUGCAAUAAAACCAUUUCUCACCUCCCAAAAUAUGUUGUUGAGACUUAGAUGGAGCCUCAGUCAGCUCAUUCCAUUGAAUGAGGGUGGAAAGUUCAAAUUUCAGACCAUGUAUAACACCAUACAUGUUGAUGAAAAGUGGUUUUACUUAACCAAAACAGCAGACAGAUACUACCUAUUGCCGAAUGAGAUUGAGCCACACAGAUCAUGCAAAUCAAAGAGAUUUAUUGACAAAAUAAUGUUCUUGUGUGCUAUUUCUAGGCCAAUUAUUGACAGCAAUGGAGAAAUCAUAUUUGAUGGCAAAAUUGGUAUAUUUCCAUUCACAACAGAAGAGGCAGCAACUAGAAACUCAAAAAACAGAGCCAAGGGCACAAUUGAAACAAAGGCAAUCCAUUCUAUCACAAAGGCUGUCAUGAAGGAAUGCUUUAUCAAUCAGAUGAUACCAAUCAUUAAGGCUAAGUGGCCUGCUGGAUUAAGCAAGAACAUAUUUAUACAACAGGACAAUGCCAAACCACACAUCAAGAACAAUGACCCAGAUUUUAUAGCAGCUGCUACAUCAGAUGGAUUUAAUAUCCAACUGGUAUGCCAACCAGCAAACUCUCCUGACACAAAUGUGAAUGAUCUAGGGUUCUUUAGGGCUAUACAAACUCUUAAAGAUCAGAAGAUGGCUCAUGGUGUAGAGAGCUUGCUAAAGAAUGUUCAAGAUGCGUUUGAAGAGUACCCAGCAGCUAAGAUAAACAAUGUGUUCCUAACUCUGCAGAGCUGCUACCAGGAAAUAAUGAAAGUGAAGGGCAACAACAACUACAAGAUUCCACACAUGAAUAAAGAUGGACUAAUUAGGCAAGGAUUACUACCAGAAUGCCUUGAAGUGGAUGAGCAGCUUGUAAAUGAGUGCAUUGAUUACCUAAGUUUGCAGGGAAGUGAAGAAGUUACAAGCUACAACAUUGAUCAUAUACUGCAAGGAAUCCAACACAUUCAACUGAGGGACUAA